AUGCGCAGUUGCCUCUUUGUGCUGUUGACCUUCUGGCAACCGGCACUCUGUCAGAGGCCAUACGGAGCCAGACAUGGAGAGUUGCGAACCGACGGCAUAUCAUCGGAGGCCCUUUCGAUGCGGUCCUUGAAGGGCCACUCGCCAGAAGCAGAGGCUCUCCUGAAAGUUCGGUUGAUGCGGGAGCGAGAGCUCGCAACCCAGAGGUGGACUCACUGGACCUCACAAUCGGAGGUUUUCACCCGGCUCUGGGCGGCACGAAAAUUCGGGCCGCACUGGGCUGUGGAUACUUCGGUGGUGCCGACAGUCCACCAUCGAUCUGGCCAUGAAGGUCUUGCCCUCAUGUUCUGGGGACAGGCAUCAGUAGAGUGGUGCUUUGUUGGCGUUGCUCUUGGAUUGCUGCUCCUCAUAGACGCUGUGUUGCUACAGAAUCUGCCCGAGUCGCGUCGUGCACACGUCAGUGUGCUUUUCAUAUGGAUGGCAAUUGCCCUGGCUUGUUGCGUGGAGGUCUGGGUGUGUGCUGGUACUACGGCAGGGAUUUCCUGGUUGUCUGGGUAUCUCCUGGAGUUGCUGUACUCAGCAGAGCAUGUCGUUGUCAUGCAGCUUGUGUUCAGCAGCCUGGACACACCCCACAGAUUGAUGGGCAAGGCACUCUACUUGGCCAUGAUCGGCACCAUGGCCUUUCGCUUCAUCGGCUUCCUCAGCUUCGCCCAUGGAAUCAAUCCGGUGGCGAGUCGAGCUGGCUGCUGGAUGCUGGGCACUGUUCUGCUUUAUGCAGGAAUCUCCAGGCUGAGCAGCCCUGCAUCAAACGACGGUGUGUCGGAGUCAGCAGUGGUGCGACUGCUGCGCGGCUGCUUUGGUGAUCGCCUGGGUGAGUUCUACGACGAGGAGGGCGAGGCCUUGUUGGUGGAGGCGAAGGGCAAGGUUCGCCUGACAUUGCUCGGAGUGGUAUUGAUCUGCCUUGUCGUGCUAAAUGUUGGGUUGAACUUCGAUGUUGUCCUUGCCAAAUCUGAAGCGACGCCAGAUGCUUUCAUCAAUUUCAGUUCUUCGGCGUUGGCUUUGUUUGCAAUCCGGUCACUCUUCUUCGUUGUUAGGGACUUCUUCAACCUUUCCAACCUGACCAGAUCCACUUUUGCUGUGGUACUGCUUUUGAUGGGUUUCGAGAUGCUCGGUGGCCGCGCCGUGUUCGUGAGUGCGUUGGUCUCUGUCGCGGUGUUUGUUUGCAUGCUGGUUCUGUCGGUGGGCAUUUCUUCGCUGCAUCAUCCAAACGUGAAGACGCCUUCGUCAGACCUGCACUCCUUCUGA